UCUUGGAUUGCUCCAUGGUGUGAUCGAAAAUUGUCUGCUUUUUCUCUCUUUAAUGUACCUAGAGACGAACAGGACUUGUGUUGUGCAGAACUAGACAGUCAGUCAACAGACAUCAUGUCAAAUGCAAGGUCUAGUCCCCUGUGCAGUCUGCCUUCUGUCAGUGCAAUGUUUAAGAUGGGACCACCCUGUCUGCAGACACUGCACGCUGCUAUGGAAGAUAUCGACCGACAACUUAGCGAAAAUGAUAAAAGUAUUGAAGACACGCUGCGAUGUCUGGUGCAAGCUACCAACAGCUUAUCAGCUGACAAUGACUACACUAACAUCAAGGAUGCUAUGGAUAGUCUACUACACACGCCAGUGCUGGAGGAAUGUGCCUGCUUGUCCCCAGAGCCCGAGGAUGUUGGCGUUCUGCUCAGGACAAUUCUUAAGCACCUGACCACCAAUCCCGGCUGCGAGCUCACCACCUUCCGCCAGCUCCUCUACCUCUCCUCCCAUGAGGGCUUGGGCCUGCCAAUCAGAGCCCCCGAGCCCGAUCACAUGACCCAGUCGGCCAUGUCGCUGAACACCGUCGCCGACGCGGCCGACGAGAGCAACGACCUGCUGUGGGAGGACAUCCGGUCCCGGUUGCGGCGGUUCUUCUUUGAGCGCCUGCAGCAGCUGCCCGUCAGGCCGCGGGAUGCCGGCUUGUUGGACCUGCAUGGGAAGCAGCGGGUGGAGUAUCUGCAGAGCCUGUGCAUCCUGUACCCAGUCAGGAAGGUGUGGAGCAGCUACCAACUGCUGAGGUCACAGCAGGUCUCUACCGUCAUUCAGGAUGUGAUGACCCCAUCACUGAGUGAUGAGUCCAUAACUGAAGCAGCAGAGCCCAAGCCAGCUACCACCCUGGACCAACUGGCCAUGAGACUGCCCAAGCUGGUGGUAUGUCUAGAAGGCAUGAUUGAAGCAGACUUCACUGUCAUGUUAGCCAAUGUCUUUGAUGGACAGGUAGAGGCUGCCCAGGCGCUGCGAGAAAUCUACCUGUGCAGCCUGUCAGAGGAGCUGCAGACCUUACUGGAGAGAGCCUGGGAGGUCAAAGGUCAAGAAGCCAAGGCAGAGAAGAAGAAGAAGACGACAGGAAAGAGGAUGGUGGGAAGUGUGGUGGGAUCAUCGCUGUUUGGGGAUGAGGACGAGAUGGAGGAUGACAUGGAUUCUGAGGGGGUGGAGGUUGACAUCUCUAUUGAAGACUUACCGCCCUUGACUCAAGAUGAGCUGGUCCAUCUGGUGACCAUCACGGAGCAGCUAUCAGGCAUGGAUGCCUACAUCCACGCCCUGCAUCAGCAGGCUUCCCGAGAUUCUAGCGCUAUGCUGAAACAUGGACGCCCCAAGGGUAGCAUCAAAAGUGCCCUGAAGCAUACCAGGGAUCCAUCCAGUCGGGACACUAGCCAUCGUGGGGAGUACACUGGCCGGCGAGGGGUGCUGCCUGAUGCCAUCCCCCCACCGUUUGGUGUCACGCCUGGCAUGAUGACACCGGAGACCACGGCACAACGCAGACACCACAUACUGGACAGCCCUGCUAGCCAAAUCAAGUGGGAGUGGUCGUCCAUCUUGGAAGGGGUCGUCUCAGAUGUGUGCACCAGCCUGCCUAGCCUAGUCAAGAAUGUCUGCCAGUCAGCAUUACAGCAAGAAGAGAUGAUGCAUGCUCAGACACAAACUGUUCAUAUGGUCCCUGUCUGUGGGGAUCUGGUCAACAGCUUCUCAGAAUACCCAAGAAGCGUGUCAAAAAGCUUAAUCGAUUUGGUGUCUUUCCUGGACACCAUCCUGCCCCUCGCUGUGAACGGAGCAGAGGGAGUAAUGAAGCCACUUAGAGCAGCCUACGUGGAAGCCGUCACAGCCAGCAUGGGCCAUUACUUCAGGAAAAUCUCAAAUAUUUUUGGCACUGUUGCUAGUCCCACUAAGAGUUCAUAUACCAACAUUGUUGAGAAGUACAAGCUGCUUUCCAUCGCUUCGUUUGCCACCAGCCAUCUGACAUACUACGGAGAUGUGCUGGGCGAUGAUGAAUCCAGGCAUUCUCUCGGCACAGUCAAGAAGCAGUAUUCUGAACUCGUCACAAGUCUCAAAGGUCAAAUACUGGACUACCAAGACCACGUUAUAUCCACUAUCGUACUACAGGAUGCAGAGAGUCAUCACUGGGGUGAUCAGAGACCAUUCUAUGAGGAUGAGAGAUGCUCCUUCUCUGUCCAGAUGUGGCAUCUUCACCUGGACGCCUUGAGGCGGGAACUCUUCUCCAUCUGUCCUCCUGGUCUUGCUCAGGAGAUCUUUGGUGAGGUAGUGAACCGAUCCCUGGCCCUGCUGGCCCAACGCUACAACCGAGCCAAACCAUCCUACAAGAGAACAAGACAGUACAGAGCCGACAUCACCGCCCUCCUCCUCAUCACCCUAGACCAUCUCUGGUACCUCUGCCCCUCCCCGGGACCCCUCCUAGACCCCCUAUCCACCCACCAUCCCGUCUCCCCAAUCCACAACUCCUGCACCUGUCUCCUGUCAGCCUUGGCGGUAGUGGGCUCUCCCCUGGGGGACUUGUACCGGGUCUACCGUAAGGGUUUCAGCCAGCGGAAGGCCGGCGGAGGGAUGGAGAGGACCAUCUCGGAGCAGGAGGCCGUGGAAGGGUCCUCGGGGCUACUGUCGCUGGCCAUGUCAUCGUCGAGGGAGUGGCUGAGAUGGAUCAGGCCGGGACUAUUUGACGGCUUGCAGAAAGGAAUGGACAAUCUUCCAGACAAGCAGGCUGCGUUCAUCCAACUGAAGCUACUCUGCAAUCAGCCCUGCCCCAAAUAUCCACUGCUCUUGCAGGCAGUCUUGAUGAGAAACUGUCUGGUACCCACACUCAUGGUCACAAACACAGGCCCGACCCAAUCCCAGACCAGCCGGUUGAACUCCCUGUCAGCCUACGACGGUUGCAGCGGUGGGAUCUGCCCUGGGAAGCCCUGCCGCAGCUAUCAGAGCCAAGAUAUCCCAGAUGUGGUACAGCCCAUUGUGGACCUCCUAGCCCUGUGUGGGGACCAGCCUAAUGCCUUGACCACUGUCCUGAUGGCCAUGAUUGAAAAAGAGGAUAUAUGGGAGUGUUUUGAAGCCAGCUGCUUGCCUGGAAAGACAUUGCCUGUCCCUCUAUGGUUAGCCAGUGUCUACAAACUCAUCUCCUCGUAUAUCGACAGAGCCAUCAAGCCAGCCUUGGCAGUCCUUCUGAGGGACCCUGUAGACCCCAAGCAUCAGGUUGGCUUCAUUGACUCCGUCAAGGAGCUUCCCUGUGGAUGCCGGCUGAAGCAGAAGGCCCAAAUCAUCAAAGCCACAGGUCCCCAAGAGGACAUACUGACAGCAAUGCAAGUCUUGAUCACCUCUCUAGCUGACAAUGUAGGUGCACUGCCUACACCACUGUGCGUCUUCUUCAACAGUCUACAACAGCAUCUCAAUGAAAAAGAAGUGCAUUGUACACAUGACUGCAUUGGACUUCAGGUGAUUGCCAGCAGCCUGUACAACAGACUGUGUGAUCAGGAGAUGCUGGUGGAGUUGGCCGGCCUGCCCAUUGGAUCUCAGACAUACAGUGAGAUCAGUCAGUUUGGAGAUUACUGCUACCAGGUCCUGACUUCAUCCACUGCCAAGUGCAGAGACAGUCUACCCCAGCCAGUCUAUACCUUCAUGGGUUGCCACACUGACUGGCUGCAUAGCAAGAUUGACACCAUCAUCAGCCACAUGGACAACGAGUUGUUUGUGAACUGUUCCGGUUAUCCAUUGGAGGAAGCUCCCUCAGAGUUCCUAGAGCAUUACAGACAGAUGCAGGCUAGUCUCAUCCUCCAGGCACCAGAUGGAGAGAAGUAUCUACUCCAAGUUUACAACAUGCUAACAAAUAACCUUGAUUGGUUCGAACAUCAGUUAGAAAUCCCACCUGUUUUUCCAUCCAAGGAUCCCUCCUCCUCCCCAACCAAUCCCAAGGAGAGCCCCAUCUUCUCCUUAGACCUGACCAAGAGCCCCGCCCAUAGCCACACCCAUGCCCAGCCCUUCCAACCCCUGGCCUGCUUCAACACCUUAAACGGCGCCCAGUUUGACCAGACGGCCCUGGCCGAGUUCCCCUUCAACUGGCCCCGUCUCCUGCAGUGCGAGUUAGGCAUGAGCGAGGUGGGAUUCCGGACGCUGCUGUCUCAUCGGCACGAGAUGCAAGAGGACGCCUAUCUUGAAGAGGCAGAGAAGAAGCCUGUGCAUAUCCUAAGGAGCAAGUAUAACCUGGAGGUGGCUGAGUUAGUCUGAGGAUAGAGCAAAUCCUAAAACAGAUUCUACAAGUGACAUUUGGUUUGUGCUAGUUGUCAACUGUGUGUUUUUUUCAUCCAUCCAUCUGUUUAUAGUUCGUCUGUCCCAGAAGUCGAGGGUUGGACUCCAUGAUGAUCAUGUCCUCUUGGUCGGAUAGCUUUCCUGCACUCUACUCGGUUCAAUGCCAGACUGGCAUCAAUCUGCAUGCACCUCAGGCCAUUGUUGAUGUUGUCACUUCACCUCUUCUUUGGACGGCCACAUUGGUAGUUGCCAGGAAUCGCCCCCCAAAACACUUUAAUGCAUUGCCCCCAAAACACUUCAAAAUACACAAUAAGGAAUGCCAAGCUAUCCUGUGUUAAGCAAAUGAGCCUGCUCUGAAUCCCUCCACUUGAAGAUGUCUCAUCUAAAAAAAAAAUGUAAGAGAAAGGAUCAAACCUUUCUUGCCAAGAAAAUCACUCACACAUGUAUGUCAUUUCUGUUGUUAUUUGUUGGUUUUUUUGUACAAGCCAAAUUCCCGAGAAGUAAGAAUAUGCUGCCAUUGGGCCGGUCUAGUGCAAAGCUUGUAUGAUAAAAGAUGAUUCGGAAAGGAUUUUGCUCAUUAUUUGAGCAAUUUUCAAUUCAUUCUUGUCAAAUAGUCAUAAAUAAGUAUUCGUAUCUGUACAAAUUAAUAUGCGCAAACCAUUCAUAACUAUGAGUUACACAAAAACAGUUUGACAGAUAUUUAGUUUGUAGGUGACUUUCCUUGGGGAAAAAUGUGAACUUUCAAAUGACUAGAAACAGAUUUCAUCACAAAAAUGUGAUCUUUCAAAAUUCAUGAUCAAACACUCCAAAAAAGUUUGUAACUAUAAUAUAUGGAAUCCUCCCAGAUUAUAUUUCAUUUAUAUUGACUGCUGUUGUUGUUUAUUGAGCUUUUGCUUCAGUGUGCCAAAGGUGUAUUCAUUCGUUUUAUUUGACAAAAAUGUAUUUUAGCUAAGGAAUAUAGUAGAUAUAUUGUAUAUGUAAAAGUUUGUUGAUAUUUGUGUAAAAUUAUGUGUAUUUAUUGAGAACUAUGAUAUCUUUGGGUAUUAUAAAGCAAAAUAACACCUGA